AUGGUGUUCAGCGCCGCGUCGGGCUGGCUGUACUGGACCAGCAGCAGCGCGGCGGCGGUGCGCGGCGCGCGCGUGGCCGACGUGGAGCGGGCGCCGCCCGACCGGCGCGGGCCGCGCGUGCGCACCGUGGUGCGGCUGCCGGCCGGCGCCAGGCCCCGCGGCAUCGACGUGGACCCCUGCACCGACCGCCUGUACUGGACCAACUGGAACGAGUCGUCGCCCUGCAUCCAGCGCGCGUACACCAGCGGCCUGGAGCUGCAGACCGUCGUCGCGACCGACAUCCUCAUGCCCAACGGGCUGACGCUCGACCACCGCGCCAAGAAGAUCUACUGGGCCGACGCGCGCCUCGACAAGAUCGAGCGCAUGCACUACGACGGCUCGCACCGACAG